AUGAGCCGGAGGAGAGGUGAGCACCUGAAUCAUCCUGUCAGGGUCUUCUCUCCUUACGGGACACGCAGCAGGAGGCGCGGGAGCAUGUGGAGAGACAAGACUGAGGGGUACAUGUGUUUGUACGGCUGCUACGUCCACUCGUCCAUCAUCCCCACCUUCCACCGCAGGUGCUACUGGCUCCUCCAGAACCCUGAUAUCGUGCUUGUCCACUAUCUGAAUGUCCCUGCCAUAGAGGAUUGUGGGAAACCAUGUGGUCCAAUCCUGUGCUCCAUCAAUACGGACAAGAAGGAGUGGGCCAAGUGGACCAAGGAGGAGUUGAUUGGCCAGCUCAAGCCUAUGUUCCAUGGCAUCAAGUGGACCUGCAGCAAUGGAAACAGCAGCUCUGGCUUCUCAGUGGAGCAACUUGUGCAGCAGAUUCUGGACAGUCACCAAACCAAGCCCCCUCCCCGCACUCACAACUGUCUGUGCACGGGCACCCUGGGUGCUGGCAGCAGUGUACAUCAUAAAUGCAACAGCUCCAAACACCGGAUUAUCUCCCCCAAAGUGGACCCUCGCUCUGGCGCAUACAGCGCUCACUCCGAAGUGCAGAACAAUGAUGUGUCUGAGGGCAAAACUGAGCACAGCUCCCAUGGAGGAGGCAAAGUGUCUGGAGCAGGAGGUGGGGGCAGCACAAGGGAGAAACGCAACGGUAAAGUGCAUAAGCCCGUCCUGCUGCACCAAAACAGCACAGAGGUGUCAUCCACCAACCAAGUGGAGGUCCCUGACACCACACAGAACUCCCCGGUGUCCAUCAGCAGCGGCCUGAACAGUGACCCUGACCUGGCAGACAGCCCUGUGGUCACAGGCAUGGGGCACGUGGCCUCGGUCAUGUCCAGUCUGUCACAGAGUGUGUUCAUGUCCGAAGUGACAGGAGACCCAGUCUACAGCAUGUCUCCCACUGGUGGCCCCAACUCCCACAUGAUGGGCCCUGAUGCCACCUCCCAGGGCCUGGUCCAUAAGUUUGCCUUCCCCGGGGGAGGAGUGGGAGAGCCCGGCUCUGCUGCAGGAAACCUGUCCAUAUUGUCCUCUGCAGGGGUGUCAGAAGAACUGGUUCUGUCCAGUAGUCUGGACACAGGUGGCCUCAAAAUUCCAGAAACCAAUAUGAACUUUGACCCAGACUGCUUUCUUAACAACCCCAAACAGGGGCAGACCUACGGGGGAAGUGCUUUAAAGACAGAGGGAAACUCUUCUUCGAAUUGUUCUUCAAACGGCAGCAGUAACACGAACGGUCUGCAGCAGUCCCCUUCUCUGUCAGACAACAGCUACAGCUUCAACUCAGCUUUAGUCAAAAACAUCAAGACAGAAGACACAUCCUUUGAGCAGCAGCUGGCCAAGGAGAGUGGCUACCAGGUGGGGGCAGUAGUGAACUGUGGCAGUGGAGUGUCAUCAGGUCCUGGGUCAGGUCAGACUGGCCUGGGUCUGACCCCAGCUGGUUCUUUGCUGCCUUCUGGUGGAGGUCUGAGCCCCAGCACCACUCUGGAGCAAAUGGACUUCAGUGCCAUUGACGCAAAGCAGGAAUACACUUCCAAUGCAGCUGCAGUUAGCUACAGCCAGUCCAUGACCAGUCCCCACAUGCAGCACCAGACCCAAUCUCCCAACUUCUUCCUCCAGGACCCCUCUCAGAACAGUCAUGUCCAACAGGGCCGAAAGACACACCUGAUGGAGCACAACCACGACGCUGCGGCUUACAUGGGUCUCCAGGUAAAGACGGACUCUCCUGGCAGAAACGGUCACCUCCACCACCACCCCCAAAGCCAGCACAGGGCCAAUUGUAACGGCGGUUCUCCCACGGAAGGGGGUCAGGCUGGCUCUCUGCAGCUACUGCAGUACCAAGGGUCCUUCCCUGGUUUGACCAGUGAACAAGAGGUAGUAGGUUUAGAACAACAAAACAAUGUAAAUUCAGCUCAGACCGGGGCGUCGGAAAAUGGCACUGAUGGUUUAUUGAAGGCAGGUGAUCACAUUCAGGCCUGUGGAGCAGGAAAUGGGGACAGGGGCAUCACAGAGCACUAUUUGCACCAAACCUCAGAUGGCUCAGGAGGAGCAGAGAGCAUCCAUAAUGGAAGCGCCAACAGUGAUGGGAGUGUGCGCUCUCAGCAGCAGCUGCCGUCUCUCCUUCAGGGUUCAGCCAUGGUUCAAGGUUUGUACAACCACCAAAGUCUGACAGCUACCAGCAACGGAGGAGCAGGAGGACCAGGCAUGGAGAUCAACUUGGAUCACUUUGACAUCUCUUUUGGGAAUCAGUUCUCUGACCUCAUUAAUGACUUUAUCUCGGUGGAUGGCAGUGGAACUGCUAUAGCAGGAGGAGGAGCACUUUACGCUCACCAGCUCGUAACCUCACAAUGCGCAGAAACUCAAAAUACAACAAAUGGAGCGCCCCCUCAAGGCCAGGAGGAUGGAGAAACCCGGGGCACUGGGUAUAGCCCCUCAGACCUCUGCCUUCAGCCAUGCUGCAGUCCCCAGUCACUGAGUGGUGGGGCAGGAGGCGGAGGCGCAACUGGAGAGGCAGGUUCACUGUCCUAUAUGAAUGUAGCGGAGGUGGUGAAUGCAGCUGUGGCCCAGGGCACUCUGGGAAUGCUCCAGGCCACUGGACGGCUCUUUAUGGUCACCGACUACUCUCCAGAGUGGUCUUACCCUGAGGGCGGGGUAAAGGUGCUCAUCACUGGACCUUGGCAGGAGGCCAGCUCAAACUACAGCUGUCUGUUUGAUCAGAUCUCAGUCCCUGCUUCUCUCAUCCAGCCGGGAGUCCUGCGCUGCUACUGCCCAGCUCAUGACACAGGACUGGUGACACUACAGGUGGCCGUUAGUAACCAGAUCAUCUCCAACUCUGUGGUGUUCGAGUAUAAGGCCCGAGCACUACCUUCACUGCCAUCCUCACAGCACGACUGGCUCUCCCUGGAUGAUAACCAGUUCAGAAUGUCUAUCCUGGAGCGAUUGGAGCAGAUGGAGAGGCGGAUGGCUGAGAUGGCCAGUCACCAGCAGCAAAGUGGCACAGGGAGUGGAGGGGCCGGGGGCACUGGGAGCGCAAGUGGACCAGGGACUGGAGGGGGCAACAGCAGUCAUGUCCAGUGCAUGUCGAGUCAAGCGCAGCCCAGCAGUUCAUUUGAAAGUCGUGUGGUGGUGGUUUGUGAGAAGAUGAUGAGCAGAGCGUGUUGGGCCAAAUCCAAACAUUUAAUCCACUCCAAGACGUUCCGAGGCAUGACACUUCUGCACCUGGCCGCUGGCCAGGGUUACGCCACUCUCAUUCAAACUCUCAUCAAGUGGAGGACCAAACAUGCAGACAGCAUUGAUCUGGAAUUAGAGGUUGACCCUCUUAAUGUGGACCACUUCUCUUGCACACCACUGAUGUGGGCAUGUGCUCUGGGCCACCUGGAGGCAGCUGUGGUCUUGUAUAAAUGGGACAGACGAGCUUUGGCGAUCCCUGACUCUCUGGGCCGCCUGCCCCUGUCGAUUGCCCGCUCUCGGGGCCACACUAAAUUAGCCGAGUGUCUGGAGCAGCUGCAGAGAGAAGAGCAGCAGCCAGCCGCCCCUCUGCCCCCAAACCGUGUCUCCUUCUCCCAGGCCUCAGACACCCCCACGUCAGGCAGCUGGAUGUCUAACUGGCCAAACGACAGCCUCACCACACACACCAGCAAGAAAGGAGGUGCUUCCACCACAACAACCUCUUCAUCCAACACCAGCCUUAACCCAGACUUGAGAAGACCUCGGUCUGAGCCAUCCAGCUACUACAGCAGUGAGGCCCAAAAAGAUCUGCCUCAAGCUAAAAAACACAAACCAAAUCCUGAACUGUUUCAAGGCCGACCGGACAAGGCCAUGUCUGUUCCUCUGAGCCUGGAGCAGCAGCAGCUCCACAAGUUGUCCUCCAGUCCCAAGAGCCUCCCCUCAGAUGGCUUGAGCUCAGACAAAAGUCUGUCAGGAGGCACCGGCCGAUGGACCUCUCGAGAGGGCUUUUCAGGCAGGAAGGGGCAGGGCAACAGUGCAGGCAGCAGCAUGGGUAAAGAGAAGCUUGCGAGCCGCCUGCGCCAGCGUGAGCAACUCGGAAUGUUGGUCAUGGCCGACAAAGAAAUGGCUGAUGCCGAACUGCUGUCAUACAGAGAGGAUUUGGAAAACCAGGAUUGUCUCACACAGAUGGAUGACUUGCAGGUAAACAUGAUGACUCUAGCAGAGCAGAUCAUUGAAGCCACUCCAGAGAGAAUAAAGAGGGAGAACUUCAGCUCCAGUGACUCUGCUCCCUUGGACUCCUCAGGGGUCACCAACACCAUGAACUGGCUAGCCAACUAUUUAGGGGAUGUGGAGCAGCUCCCCAGCAUCAUACACUUACGAAACCUGUACAAUGAGCCCUUGACCCCGACAUCAAACCCCAGCCACAGUCCUGGGGGCUCCCCGGUGCAGGAGGGCUCCGUGGAGAAGGCCACACUGCCAUCGCCGGCCGACUGGAGCGAGUUUAUCAGUGCCUCCAACAGCAAAGUGGAGCGAGAGCUGGCCCAGCUGACUCUGUCUGACCCCGAGCAGAGAGAGCUGUACGAGGCUGCACGUCUCGUCCAAACUGCCUUCCGCAAGUACAAGGGGCGGCCCCUGCGAGAGCAACAGGAAGUAGCUGCAGCCGUAAUUCAGCGUUGUUACAAGAAGUACAAACAGCUUACAUGGAUAGCCUUGAAGUAUGCACUUUAUAAGAAGAUGACGCAGGCCGCCAUCCUUAUCCAGAGUAAAUUCCGCAGCUACAAUGAACAAAAGAAGUUCCAGCAGAGCAGGAGAGCUGCAGUGCUCAUUCAGCAAUACUACCGCAGCUACAAGGAGUGUGGCCGACUCAAGCCCCACCAUCGCGGAGCCGCUGCCGCUCGGGCGCAGCACAAGCUCAGAAGCAGUUUGCUCACUAAGAGACAGGAUCAGGCUGCAAGGAAGAUCAUGAGGUUCCUGCGCCGCUGCCGUCACAGGGUGAAAGAAUUGAAAAGGGCCAGGGAACAUGAGAAACCUCAAACAAGCCCCCUCGCCAUGUGA